AUGGACGGAGAUCGACGGUUGCCGGCGGCCGCCGCGCUCGCAUCGGCGGCGGCGGUUCUUGGCGACGACAACCUCCUGCCCGAGAUCCUCAUCCGCCUCGGCUUCCCCACCUGCCUCAUCCACGCCGCCCUCAUCUCCAAGCGGUGGCUCCACCACGCCUCCGACCCGGCCUUCCUCCGCCGCUUCCGCGAGCGCAACCCACCCCGCCUCCUUGGCGUCUGCGUCGGCUACCCCGGCAGGUAUCGCUUUGUGCCGCUCCCGCAGCAGCCCCCAGAGCUCGCCGCCCCGAUACGCCGCGCGAUCUCCUCCUGCGACGCCGCCUUCGCCCGCGGGUGCCCGCGAAUCAAGCACUGCCGGAAUGGCCGCCUCAUCAUCGAGGUCUUCCACGCCGGCAGAUUCGAUCACCCCCUCGUGGUGCCGCUUCUCACCGGGGAAUCUGCAGCCGUCCUCCCACAGAUCCGGCCCCACCGUGACCGCUGGGUGCAGGGCACUCAAACGGGAUUCACUGAGAUGUUCCUACCCGAGGAUGGGGGCCGCGACGGCAUCACCUUGGUGAAUCUGUGGAAAGACUGGCCAAAAGUGUAUGCGGAGGUGUGCAUCCUGGGAUCUGGCAGGUCUGGCGUCCCUGCCAGGGGCUCGACAGAGAUAGAGCUCCCGGAUGACAUCGUCUUCCAUGAAAUGCUACCACCCAUCCAUGGCAAAGUCUUAAUGGUGACCAACUUAGGGUACACCUUGGGUCUAGAUUUAGCCACCAGGAGCCUUUUCACCCUAGAGCUACCAGUAGGAGUGCGGGGCAACUAUAUGCUCUCAUGCGCGGAAGAUUCCGGGCUCUAUCUCGUCAGUGCAGACGGGUUUCAGCUCAGUGUGUGGCUUCAUCGGAUGUCGGGCGACGAUAAUGGCGCAGGCUGGCUGCUGGUGGACACAUUUUGUGUCGGUGUGGGUCAGGCAUGCACACCACGCGCAGAGGACAGUUGGGUUCCUCACGAUGUUUGCCUUGAUGUUGUCGCGGUCGGGGACGAUGCUGACUUUGUGUUCUUAGAUCAUCCAGCAAGUGGUGCUCUCUUUUAUGUUCAUCUGAGGAGCAGGGUGGUUGAGAAGGUCUAUCAGAGGGGGGCAGAUGAAUGUGGGUAUAAACGUACGGCUGCUGGCCACGUACGUGUAUCUCCUGUUAUGAUGAUCUGGCCGCCUAUCUUCCCAGCGCGGAACGUGAAACGUGAAGAAUGA